GGGUUUUAUCAAAGGAACUCUGUCCCUACGGUUCAUUUGAUCACACACUCUUCUCACACACAGACACGCAACAUCCAGCUUCACAAUGCCGGCUGAUUUCAAUGGAACGUGGGAGAUGGUCAGCAAUGACAACUUUGAUGAUGUCAUGAAGGCUUUAGAUAUUGACUUUGCCACCCGUAAGAUUGCAGUGCAUCUCAAACAGACUAAGGUCAUUGUGCAGAAUGGAGACAAAUUUGAGACCAAAACUCUCAGCACCUUCAGAAACUAUGAGGUCAAUUUCACUAUGGGGGAGGAGUUUGACGAGUACACAAAAGGGCUGGACAACAGAAAUGUUAAGACCCUGGUGACGUGGGAUGGUGAUAAAAUGGUGUGUGUGCAAAAGGGAGAAAAGGAGAACCGUGGCUGGAAGCAAUGGAUUGAAGGAGAUCUGCUUCACUUGGAGAUCCAUUGUCAGGACAAACUCUGCCAUCAAGUAUUCAAGAAGAAAAACUAAUGCUCCAUAAAUAACAGCAUAUUCACACAUUAGUUUGGUGUUGUGCUGUGUAUAUUUAUUAAAUCAGUUUUAAUAAACAGCUUCAACCUAA